CAUUGGCGGAAUUUUCGUUGGCAAUUUUCAGUUGUGUUCCAGAGUGGCGGUAGAUUUGGCUCGGCCAUAGGUGUUGUCUGGCUCUGCUGUUUGCCGUAGCUGCGCUACGAAGUCGGCCGUUUCAAUUCUUCGUUGCACUUUUAGUUUAUCCCUGCUGCGUCGUUCACAUCCUUUUAGCAAUGGACGGCUCUACGGACCAAGCGUUUGCUGCGCUGAAAGAACUUGCUGCUUGUCUUGACGCUGAAAUCCCGAACGCCGCCAACUGUCUACAGGGCCCUUCUGGCAUUCUUGAAACCAAAUCGGCUUCCACGAAUGCCGCUACGCAAGUCUUUGAAAAGGCGACACUUAUUGAGGCCGAGCUGAAGAUGGUUGUGUUAAGGCUCGAAAAAGUGAUCCAGGAGAAAUUAACAUCAAUUAACGAAAUGACAGAAUGCCUGAAGCAAGUAGACAGCGACAACAGAGAGACAUUGGAAAAACUUAUACCUCUCGGUUUCAAAGUACCCGAUAAUCUCUUACCUGCUCUAGAAAACCUCUUUCUGCAAAGUUACCGGGACACAGCCACAGAAGCUACCAACGACACACUGGAAGAUUCGCUUUGCUCUCUAACACAGGUUGUGACAAAGUUGGAGCCUGCUUUCAGCAAAGCAGCCGCAGAAUCAUCGCAUGCACGCACGGCAGGCCAUGGGCAUUCAAAAUUGUCCAAGUCACUGCCGCAACCUUGCAGCUCCAAGCGUGGGAGCCGCUCUCCGCCUCGCCGCUUCCAGACCAGCUCCAAUCUACAAAUGUACCUCGAAGAAAUAGACAAGGAUAACACAAUAACCUUAAUGAAGUACAAGCCACUCAGGCCUGAGAGGGCAGCGAAGGCAUCAGCAGCACUUGGGUCGCCUGUAAGGUGCUCAGCAGCACCUGCGUCUGAGAAGCCAGAGGCAUCACCUAGAUUUUCGUCCCUGAAUGGGUCGCCAAUACAGAACACCACCUUCAUUAGUGGGAUCGAGCCUCUUGCAAAGACACCUGAGCUUGCAGAAAAACCAGCUGUACAGGUAAAGGCGAGCUGCCUGUUAACACCAAAGGCACCCGACUUCGAAGAGCGUCCGAUGAAGUUAAAGGCGAGCUGCCCGUUAACACCAAAGGCACCCGACUUCGAAGAGCGUCCAAUGAAGGUGCCCAGCUGUGCUCCGUUUACAGAUAUUGCUGACCUAAAUUGCUUCAAGGACCUCUCUACUAAAUUGUUUUUCAAGGAACGCUGCCCAUCAACUCCAAAGGCACCCGACUCUGAAGAGUGUGCGAUGAAGGUCAAGGUACACGAGCCCCGGGCACCAAAACUUUUCAGCACAAUCCUGCGUGCAUUCAUGGACAGGUCUCGCCUUCUGUGGCGGCUUUUGUAACGAUGAAGUGCACCAUGGUCAAAUUAGCCAGUGGUUGAUACUUGGCCUGUGGCGCAGUAAUUUUUGAGUCUGUAGUGCCAUUCGUCAACAAAAUAUAAAGUGGUUUCUAGCUGAUUUUGAGAAUUUAUUGUUUAUUCCUGGCCGCUAUGAAAUUUGGCUCACGCAUUCUCAAUAGCCUCGACUACCGAUCAGCGGUAUUUUCUGAUAUGCCCAAGAUGUGUUGC